GCACACGGUAAAGUGACAUUUACCGCUGUCACAUGCCAAAAUAUCUCCAAAUUUUCGUAAAUUCAUCAUGAUAAAAAACCGACCGUCACUUAGAUGAAAAAUUCGAUGUAAUCGGGGUCCGUUAGCGGUAUAAGAUAUUCGUCUGAAUGGGUGGUAAAAACAAAAUUAAAAGUCAGACACGAGUAAGUUUUGUUCGUAAGUCACAUGGCUGCUCGGUUGAGUCCUCGAAAUUCAGAAGUGAACGCGUUGGAGCAGAGGGGCUACUUAAUUGGGAAGAAAAUAGGACAGGGGUCGUACGCCACUGUGCACCUCGCCGAUUAUGUCGACAGUACCGGACCGAAGAAGAUGCGACUCGCGUGCAAGAUAUUCGAUAAGGAGAAGGCGCCCAAGGACUUUUUGGAGAAGUUCUUCCCCAGGGAGCUCGAGAUCCUGACCAAGAUCGAAAAUCCGCAUAUUAUUCAGGUGCACAGUAUCCUGCAACGCGGUCCUAGGGUGUUUAUCUUUAUGAGGUAUGCAGACAAUGGCGAUCUUCUCGACUUCAUCAAAAGAAACGGGGUAGUACCUGAACAACAAGCGAAAAUCUGGUUCAGACAAAUGACCUCAGGCCUCCACUACCUCCACAGCAAGAACAUCGCACACCGUGACCUUAAAUGCGAAAACAUCCUGCUGAGUCGGAAAUUUAACGUGAAAAUCGCGGAUUUCGGGUUCGCACGCUUUUGCGUCGACCACGAGAACCGCAGGAUUCUCAGUCAGACUUAUUGCGGUUCCGCAGCUUAUGCCGCCCCCGAAGUCGUCAAUGGGACACCGUACAACCCCAAACUAUCCGACGUCUGGUCACUCGGUAUUAUUUUAUUUAUUAUGCUGAACGCCUCGAUGCCCUUCGACGAUUCGAACUUGAGGAAACUCCUUAAGGACCAGAUGACGAAAAAUUGGGUGUUUAGAUCGAGGGUGAGGGACACGUUGUCCGCUAACGCGAAAUCGCUGGUGCGUCAUUUACUGGAACCAGAUUUGACCUUACGGUUGACCUUGGACCGGGUGAUUCCUCACGAGUGGUUGAGGAUCAGAAAGGAUCGACCGCCGUCUCUGGUCGGGCGGUUGGUGCAUUCUGCGCCCCAUGGUCAAGCCGCCGGUCAAUCGGGGGCGGCCGCUUUGGAGGCGGAUAACGGGCAGAUGCCCGGCGACUUUAAGAAUCCGGAUAUCAAGAAGAGCGCGAUGAUGAUCAACGUGAACGAGAACGCGGCAUAGGCGAGGGAGUGUUUUCGUUGAAUAAAAUCAACGUGUGCGGAUCGUGUCUGUGUCGAUAGGUUUAUGGGAUUUAACUAAAUUUUUUUCGGAUAUUUGCAAGGAGUAUUAAUAUAUAAUUUUAUUUA